AUGUCGCUAAAAGCGAAGCUCGACGUCUACCCGGUGGAGAACUACACUCAGGCUUCGGUGGAUGUUUCCAACGGCAACGGCGGAGUGUCGGGACGCAAGGUCAACGCUGGCAUUGGCAGCUCUGCUCUACUUCGACCCCGAAACGCCAUUGAAAAGUUGCUAAGCUUGAAGAAGCGGUGUGAGGAAGAGCUGUGCGUGCACUCCGUCGAGGGCGUGCUUCUCGUCCACCUCCACCGCCACCCCCACGUUCUCCUCAUGAAGCAGAUAAACGUGAGGAGUCGCGAUGCGGACGGCAUGCGUACCGUGCCGCCGUCCAACAUGAACGCCGAGGUCAUGUAUCGCCUGCCGGGCGGCCGCUGUCGCCGUGGCGAGGCAGAGGAAGGCUGUCUACUGCGCAAGUUGGGCCGGCACUUGUUGAACGAAGCGAAGACGCCAGCCGGAGCUUCUGAGGUGGCGAACACCGGUCACUCUGACACGGUCGUGGAUGUUGGCAUGGCGCAUAACGCGUCCAAGGCGGGUCGCUUCUUCCGUAUCGGGGAGGUGUUGUCGACGUGGUAUCGGCCGCACUUCACGCCGCACAUGUACCCAUACGUUCCAGCACAUAUCGCGGCGAGCAGUGUACGGGAAGUGCGCACGGUUUACCUCGUGCACCUCGAGCCCACGGUAUACUUUAACAUGGUGCAGGAGGGCGUGGAGCUGGUGGCAGCACCGCUCUUCGACCUGUACGAGAACUCCAGCAAGUACGGUCCGAUCAUUUCGAGUCUGCCGGUGCUCCUCUCGCGCGUGCUCAUCAACUACUGCAGCACUGAGUACUGA